AUGGAGCAAGCUUUCGUUACUCUUAUGCAAGGAAACAAGAGUGUACGAGAAUAUGAAGCAGAAUUCAUACACCUUCAGAAGUAUGUCAACUAUGGAAAUGGUGACGAUGGAGUCAUGGUCAGGAAAUUCUUGCAAGGUCUUACACCGGAGACCGGCGGAAGACUACAAGUGGUAACCUGCACGCACCUUUACGACUUGAUUGAAAAGGCGGUCAAUGUGGAGAACUUCAUAAAGAGGGAGAAAGCGAUAGCAAAUCGAAACAAAGACAACUGGAACCGAGGAGAAGGCUCAAACCCAAGGAACAUCCCAAAUACAAAGAAGACCUAUCCAACCAAUCAAGGAGAAAGAUCAAGAACGGAGAACAAGAGCAGAGGAGAUGGAGCUUGCUUCGUUUGUGGAAGCAAAGGACAUUUUGCACGAUCAUGCCCAGAGAAGAGGGAGAACGGAACGGCAGUAACUACUCAAUAUCAACCAACAUGCUACUAUUGUGGAGUCAAGGGACAUUUCUUCAACAACUGUCCAGUCAAGACCAAUGUGGCGCCAAGACCAGCAGAUAGACCACCGACAAUGAUCCGAUCAGCAAAUGAAGCCCCAAACAAGUGCCGAACCCCUGCAGAGCGUGUUUACGCUAUGGGCGCUGAGAUUGGUGAACACCGAGACCAGUCUGGCGGUCCCAUUACAGAUGUACCGGUGGAAAUCUUGGAUAAGGUUUUCAAGGUUAAUCUAUUAGUAGUACCCAUGGUAGGAUAUGAGGUAAUCCUAGGAAUGGAUUGGUUGUCCAUCCAUAGGACUUAUUUAGAUUGUAGGAGAGGAAGAGUUAUCUUGGAGGAGGGCCAUGGUAACUCAACUAUAUACCAAGGGAUACGUCCAAGCAACGGCGUGUCUUUGGUAUCGGCGAUGAGAGUGAGACAGCACCUGAUAGAGGAGAGUGCCUAUCUUGUUGCUAUAAGUGUGGUUGAAGAGAAGACUUCAAGCGAGGAGAAGAUCGAGGAAAUACCAGUUGUCAACGGAUUUGAAGACGUAUUCAAAUCAUUAACGGAGUUACCACCACCGCGGAGUAACCCGUUCACAAUCAACCUAAUACCGGGAGCAGCACCAAUUGCAAAGACCCCAUACGGGAUGGCACCAGCAGAGCUAGCAGAAUUUGAAGGCUCAAUUGGAAGAUCUUCUAGACAAAGGAUUUGUACGUGCAAGCUCAUCACCUUGGGGAGCACCAGUACUAUUCGUUAA